AUGGUGUUUGAUUGGGAGGUGGAUAUUUGGGAGCAAUUCAAAGAGUGCCUCCAACGCAUACGUCUUGACUGUGAUUUUAAUGACAAAUUGAUAUGGGAACAUACUCCAAGUGGUUGCUAUUCUACAAAUUCCUUUUGCAGAUCAAUUUUAGACAAUAAUGAGUCCACCGUUGAUUUAUCGAGGAAUGUUUGGACAGGGUUUGCUCCACCAAAAGUUGAGGUCUGUGUGUGGCAAGUUAUUAGAGGUAAAGUACCAGAUAAAAAAGAGCUGCGGGUGUGGAGCUGGUGGCUUGCGGAGUGGGGUAUCUCUUGGUGUAUUCUUGGUGAUGCUACGUCAUUCUUUGUGGCAUGGAACACUUGCCCUAUGAAGGUGGCUAAAAGAAAAGUGUGGAGGAUGUCUUUCUUGACCAUAGUUUGGUCCCUGUGGCCCUUUAGAAAUGAAAUUGUGUUUGAGGGCAAGCCUUGGGAUGUGUUAGAAUUGGAAGAACUCAUUAAAAUUAUGAUGGGUUGGUGGGUUAAGUCAAGAUGGCCAAACGAUAAUCUUUCCAUUAUGGAGAUUGUUAGGUCUCUUUUACCAGCAUGUGCACAUAUUAAAAGGGUACAAACCAAGGCAAAUGUUUCAGGGAGUGCCCACCUAGGAGAUGGUUUAAAUUCAAUACGGAUGAGGCUGGGGCAGCUACGGGUUGUCGGGACAAUUGGGAAUCGGUGGAGUUCUACAUGA